CCAAUCAACUCUCCCCAGCUGAGCUUAGCCCCGCCCCUGUUUCCUGCGCCGCCUGCCCCGGCGGAUGACGUGCGCCCCUCCCCUCUGGCUGGAAAAACAGCGCCGCCAUCUUGUGGUUGGCGGAUUGGCGCCUUGAGGAGAGGAAGGAGACAGAAAGUUCUGGUGGCUGUUGGGCACGGACGUGAGAGGCGGAAGAGAAGCAGAAUGGAUGCCCCGAAGCACCUAGAGACCAACAAAGGAAUCUACGUUGGGAAUCUGCCCCACGACACGACUGAGGAGGAAAUCCAUGCUCUCUUCAAAGAGUUCCAGCCAAUCAGCAUCAAAAAGCAUCAGCGUGACAUCAAAUGCUUUGCCUUUGUGGGGUUCCCGUCCCCCAAGCAAACACAACAGGCCAUAGACAAGGUGCAGAGGACGGUGUUCAAAGGACGAUCCCUGUUGCUAAAGCCGAUUGUGCCGCAGGACGAGGGCUGGAAAACCGAGGGCCGGAAAACCGAGGCGCCCAACAAGCAGCAGGCAGCAGAAAGCAGAGCCAAGGCAGAGAAUGGAGAGAGAAACAGAGAGGAAGGCAAGGAGAGCCCUACAGAAUCCGGGGAAGGGCUGUACGUGUGCAACCUCCCGCAGGAUAUUACCCAGGGAGAGAUCCUCGCCCUCUUCAGCGAGUUCCACCCACUCGCUGUCACUAAGCAUCAGCUGCAGCAGAAAUGCUUUGCCUAUGUGACCUUCCCGUGCCCCAAGGAUACACAGCGGGCUCUAACCAGGGGCCCAAGGAUCAUGUACAAAGGACGGACCCUUUUCCUGAAGCCUAACUGGGCGCAGGCUGCAGAAUCCAGGUCCAAUGCAGAGAAUAGUGAUCGCUACAGGACUGCAGAUCCCAAGGAUAUGGGAGAGAUUUAUAUUGGGAAUCUCCCAUGUGACAUAAAAGAGAAGGAGCUGCAGGAGUUACUGAGUGAAUAUGAGCCAGAGAGCAUCCGUAUGGUGCAGAAGGAUAUCAAGUGUUUCGCUUUCGUGAACUUGAGCUCCGAGGAGAAGAUCCGCUCUGCCGCCAAUAAGAUCCACGGGGCGGUACUGAAGGGGCGCAGACUGCUGUGCAAGAUAAAUACCAUCCCCGGCGGUGGCAGCACCACAAAACCAGGGGCGGGUUCUAAAGCACCAGUGGAUCUGCCAGAGCUUGAAGAGGUCGCUGAUACAGACGAGAGCACAGUGGCCAAUCAGAUCAGUGCAAAUGGCACAAUGGAAGAACUUGCCCCAGCUGCGCCAGAGAGGCAAGUCCGUGUGAGUAAUCUGCCUGAAGGUGCCACCGAGAAGAUAUUGCUCUGUCUGUUUGAGCCCUUUAAUCCGGUGCGUUUGUGGAAAGAACAGCUCGGCGAUUCCUGGGCUGCGGUGGUGGAGUUGGGGUCGCCGGAUGAGGUUCCCCAGGCAGUGGAGCAGUUGAGGGGCACAACACUAAAUGGGAGGCAGUUAAGGAUUGAGGCUGAGCAGAAGGAGGCAGAGAGUCUCUUUAGCUCGAUGCCGGAGCUGGAGCCCGUGCCCCCCCAUGAGUUAAAUGGCUGCAUUAAUGGGCACCCUCCUGAGGUCCCCAAUAACCAGAGGCCCCCCUAUGCCAUGCCGGUGGAGAUGAGGUGUAUGCUGCUCUCCCAUAUGCUGAGGGACUGCUUCCAUGACCUCAGCUGGCUGGCAGCCAUCAUGAACGUGAGCGGAGAGGCCGACCUCCUCGUGACCAACGUGGCGCCGCAGACCCCCUACUUCUGGGCCGUGCUGCUGACCAAGGAGAUCUGUAUCAACAUGGGCAAUCUGUUCCAGGAUUUGGCCAAGGUGGAGUCCCAGCUUCCUUUCCUGGCCAAGGAGGAGGUGCAGAGAGGGAGGCGGUGCUUGGCCCAGAUACCGCCCAUUAACGGCGAGGAAGCAAAGUGGAACAGGUGCUGGGUUUAUGACGUCAUUUUCGACCUCGCCGUCGUCUUCAUGUUGGAUUACGGCCUGGCGGCCAACGUCCCGGUCAGAUCCCUGCGGCGAUUGGAUGACGCCCGUUUCUGGGUCACCCCGCCGCUGGCUCAGCCUUUCGUUCUACAGGAAGGCCACGCCUCCCCUGACCUAAUCAAAACCAUCGUCCGCGGGCGAAUCACUGGAUUCUGCAGUUCCGAGCGCCAAGUCCUGAUGUUCUCCCGAUGCACCAAUGAGGAGUGAAUGCCCCGCCUCCUACUGUUCAUAGCCGAGUGCGUAGAUUUGGGUUAAUGUCUCACAUUUUUCUAUUAAUUGUAUUUAGUUGCUUAUUGAUCAUUCAUCAGAGCGCGGGAAUGUGGUCGGCGGCAGCUGAUUGGCUGUGCCUCUCUGCGCUGAGAACUGAACUUGGUUGCGUUGUGUGAGUUUUUGCAUUACAUUUGUUCCCUCUGCA